UUAUAUAAACGCCCAGAUUUCAAUGAUGAGACGUCGGGCGUCUGUCAUGUUGUUUUCUGCCUGAUUGUCCUCUGCAUUAUGGACGUCGCCUGACAGCGCUUUACGGACAUAAGGGCAGUACUAGAAACUGCAAUGAAACACAGCAUCAGGGAGGUGUCUGAGAGGGAAGCGUAGAGGCAGAAUAACUGGCAGCGCCGGGCGGAAGAACAGUCGCUGCGAAUCUGACAGACAAGAAGUGUCGCGAAGCUCUCGGUAAAUAUGCAACUGAAUGUUUGUCAAUUUGCGCAUUGACUCGUUACAGUCUUUGCAUGCUUAAUCAAAUAAUUUAAAUGUUGCAUUAGGUGGCUGGGGUUUGUUUUUCUUUGUGCUGUAUUCUUGUACGCGUUCCCCUGCUGUCUCUCUCAAUCUGUCUGUGUUGACAGCCGUCGUAAGAUGUUGCAUUAAAAUUUUAGGUUUGUUUUAUUCUUUCAUCUCUACUAGCCUGUCGGGUUGCAUUCCAUCUGAGGUAUCCUAAUGCAACAGUAAUGCAACAAUUCUCUCUUGUCUUUAUGUCAGGCAGUUAGGCUCCUGAUGCAGGUUUGUGUUGACUGUCUGCAUGCUUUAAUUGCACUAUGCUUGGAAUUCUCUCAUGACUCAUGAUUUUAAAAAGUGCAGGGUGGAGGUGUUGCAAAGACUGAAUUUCGAAUGCCAUACCCGUGUGUGCUGCGGUCUCUAUCAAGCUGCUCUUCAGUCUGUGCGUGAGUGUGGGGAGGGGGAGAAGAAGCCAAAUGUGUGUGGGUGGUAUAUAGCAAUGAUCAUGUGGUCCAACCGGGCCAUCAAGGCAGGUGUGAUGCAGUUUGCCUCGACGGCAAUGUCGACAUAGUGAUAAUCUGCUGCACUUUAUCAUGACAUGUCUCUAUAUCUGCUUUUUUCUCUCUCUCAGGUGCCCUCGGAUGCACUGUGUCCCUGUUGGUCUGGAUCAGGAGGCAAGAAGCAGCUGUAUUAUCUCACGGUGGCACACUGUCAACAUUUCCAAAUGCAUUGAAAAGGAAAUUAAAUGCACGCUUGCAUUAACCAAAGCAAUCCGCACGUGAUCAAAUUAGACCGCACAAAAAGCUCCUUGAUGACUGGCAAAGGCUGUAUCACUUCAGUUAAACACCAAAUCAAGCCUUCCUAUGCACAAGCCAACAAAUAAGAAUCUCUAAAUCAUAUCUGCAUGUAUGUUUGAGUGUGUGCGUUUGGGAUAGAGUGUGUAUGUAUGUUCGUAUGCUGGGAUGGAGUGGUCUUUAGAGCGAAUAAGGGAAUGGGUGGCAGGUGGCAUGCAGUCGGUGCGAGAAUGUGAGUCCAGUGCUCUAGGCACUACUCUUUGUCUUGCCCUUCUGUUUAUCUGGUACUGCUACCGUGUUGGAUGUGAACAUUCCGCACCUUCGCUCCGUGGCGGUUUCAGCCCCGAGCCACGUGUCAGGGCGGUUCCUGGUGGAGUUCUCGCCUCAGACCUUUUGGCUCGCAGAGGCUCGUUGAAACUCCAUCAGGUCGGCAGGGUUGGAGGAAGCGGAGUCGGCGAGGAAGAACUUAACGGCUUUGCCUACUGUCAGUCGUCUGAGUGCUUCCGUUGUGCCAAACCCGGUGAGGGCCUGAACCAGCGGCUCUACCAUAGCCUGCAGGAGUAUGCCAAGCGCUACACCUGGGCUGGCAUGGGCCGUGUGCACAAAGGUGUACGUGAGCAAGGCCGAUAUCUGCUCUCCAACCGCCCAUCCAUCCAAAAACCUGAGGUCUUCUUCCUGCCGGACCUUUCCUCUGCUCCUUUCUUCUCACGGGAGGCGCAGAAGCAUGAUGUGGAGCUCCUGGAGAGAAGUUUUCUGGCACUCCUGGCUGAGUUUGAGAGCGUGUACCGGCUGCCAACCAGUCGGACUGGCUCUUCACUUCCACUAGGCUGGAAGGCCAACAGCACACCUCGUGGCCAGUGGUGGACCUUCUAUCUGGUGAACCAGGGUACUCCGAUGGUGCUGAAUGCUAGGCGCUGUCCACGUGCCUGGAGGGUGCUCGGACAGCUCCGUACCUUUAUUGCGAAUAAUGUGUUUGGAAACGCCUGCUUCUCUGUGCUCAGUCCUGGAGCCAUGAUCACUGAGCAUUACGGGCCAACCAACGUACGCCUGCGCUGCCACCUUGGAUUGAAGGUGCCCUCUGGUUGUGAGUUGGUAGUUGGUGGAGAGCCGCAGUGCUGGUCUGAGGGAAGCUGUCUGCUGUUCGAUGACUCUUUUCUUCACACUGCGUUCCAUGAUGGUUCUCCAGAAGAUGGCCCGAGAGUGGUAUUCAUGGUGGACCUGUGGCAUCCAAACGUGGCCGCAGCCGAGAGACAGGCACUGGACUACAUCUUCACCCCUGGGCGCUGAGAGAGAGCUGUGAGGAGAAAAGGGUCAAUGAUUUCCAUUGUGUUAACAGUAUGAGAUGAGUGCAAAGGGAAAGAAAGAGUGUUGAGAACACAAGUCUCUUCCUCUAGUAUACCAACCUUUACUCUCACUUUCCCUAUGCCUAGACUUCAAUGUACCAUCACUAUAGUACAUUAUCAGUGUUUACAGAACUCAAAAACCUGCUGGUGAACUGUGCUUGAGACGAAGCCCUCGCGUUCAUGUUGUUCCUACAAUUUAGCUGCAGGGUCACAUUUAUACCCAGUGAGUGUCAUAGUAUCAUUUCACCUAAAGCAUUGACAGUCAACCGCACAUGGAAAUGCACUUUUUGCCAAGCCUGGUCACUACAGCCAGGUAGGAUUGUAUAGGAAGCACAGUACAUUGUUUGGUCUGUACAUUUUUACUGAGGUUAGGCUUACAGAAGCUAAGCUAAACAGUCGUAAAACGACAUAUGCUGCAAUGACUGGGGAUUUGACAUUUACCUCGAAGGAAUGUGGAUAUAUGGCAGAGAUGUUAUGCGAAGUGAACUGAAGCACUACCAGCUAUUGUGUAAAAUGACCUCCAUUUAACGCACUAGUGGCAAGUUAUUUUGCCGCCACUCCUAAGUCAGGGUCGGAGCGCUUCGAUGGGGAAGAAUACGAGCACAUCAAAUCAGCCUGCUUUCCUCUUUACUCUUUCCUACCCUGAAUUUUCAAAUCAAAUCGAAACGCGUUAUCAAUCGCUUUGUAUCUCUGUGAAACUUAAAGAGGGACACGACGCUUAUUGUUUUUGAACAACAACAUUCUGGCUGUUAAUAUGUGCUAGGUUCUACCCUAUUGUGCUUUGUCGUACUGCUUGUAAGCAGAGCUUUCGUGGUUGUCGCAUCAAUAUUGGUACAUUCCUUUUGUAAGAUGACAGAGAGUUUUGAGACGUGAGAAGUGACAUUUUAUAUCAUUGUGAGACCUUCGGAGUUGCAGAUCAAUUUUAUGACAACGUUCCUACUUCCAUGUUUCCAAAUUGUGUGCCAUGGACUCACUUUGCAAUGGAUGAGUAAUUCUGUAGAUUUAAUAAAGAAUUAAUUUAA